AUGGAUAAAGAAGAACCCUUUGGCUCAGAUCAAAUCAAGAAUAAUAUAAAUAAGUUGAAGGAUAAACUUAAAAAAGAAUCUAUGCCCCUUUAUCAAAAGUUAUAUUCUGUGGUGGAUGCCUUGUCUAUUAAUGAAUUAACUUGGAAAGUCCCUUUAACAAGCCAAGUUACCAGUAAUAAAUCAGAACUUGUGGAGAGAUUGAAUGUAAAUCUAAAAAAGGCAUUUCAGCCUUUACAAAAAUUAGAAGCUGCUGGCAUUAGUUCAAUAUGCUUACAAUUUGUCUCUGCAGCUUCAUAG